UAAAGUAAUUAUUAAAAACUAAAAUAGAAAAUUGUUUCACUCCGAACGCAAAAUAUUUUCCCACAAUUAUUACUGGGUGUCAUGUAAAAGGUCAAAGUAUUUACGAAAUUUGAGAAUACUCUCUCUCUCUCUCUCUCUCUCUCUCUCAGUCUGCUUGUACCAUCUGUAAAUAAUGUUUUAAGAAACUUUGAGGAAUUAAUCUUUAGGAGAUCCUUAAUCCAUUAAUAUUUUUCUCUUAUAAUUAUCCUUGCAGAGGGAACCCCUCAUUUGGGAAUGUGAACUCACUCAGGUCAAAAGGAAUGUAUAUAUGGAAAAGUCAUUUGACCCCUUAUGGCAGUCAGUGUCCUGGUGUGGGAAAAAGCGUUGGAAAACUCCAAGUCCUGUCAUCGUGUCUAGGAUCGUUGCUGCUGUUUAAUAGCAACCGAAGAAUCAGAGGGGAGGCAAGAGAAGAGAGAAGAGAAAAAAAAAAAAGAAAAAAUGUCAAACCAGCUGUCACACACGCGUCACUUCUAUCGUAACUACCGUUUCUUCACACUCUCAAUUUCUGUUUAUUAACACAUAAUGAGGGAAUGUUCUGCAUCUGUAUUAUGAGCCGUUGAUGAUGUUUUUUUCAAAAAAAAAAAAAGAGUUUCGAGAGACAUUGCAAAAAAAGAAAAGAAAAAAGAAAAGGACCAUUGAAUUCAUCAGUUUGCAACAAAACAAAAGAUAAUGUCUGAGAUGGUUUAUUGUUCCUUUGACAAUUCAUUCUCCUCAUCUUCGCGAGCAUGCUGCACUCGCAAAAAGUCUGCACGAGUUCGAAGACAUCAGUAUGCAUUUUAAAAGAAGGAAGCAAAAGGCGAUGGCCUAACGGGGCCCCACAUGUGUUCUCAAGGCGGUAGAAAAGACUAACGACCCCAAAAACUUUUGCUUAAAAACCCUCAACAUCUUCUAGAGUACAGAUUUAAAUACCCUAUAUUGAAAGCCACGCGAGUGGGCGGCGCAUCCAAUGAGAAAAGGGCCCUCUCUCUCUCUUCUUUUCUGGUCCUCGGAUAUCAUCCCCCUUCAUGCAAGAAGCUCUUUUUCAAGGGUGGAGGGGGACUUUUCUCUAAACUCCAACAGCAUCUUUCAAUUCUGUAACCAGUGUAGAAGUCACACUUUCCUCUUAUCUCGGGUCAGUUCACUUGCAACAUUCUUCGAGCUCUCGCGAUCUUCAGUCUCAAAGAUAACGUGAUUUUCUCUCUAUACAACAUCGCAUCGAGAAUUUCUAUUAAUUCUAUAUAAUUAUAAAUAUACAUAAUUAUUUAUCUAUAUUUUAUUUACUUCGGAAAUUAUUUAAUUUCCCAUCAGGAGGAAAAAUUCCAAAUAAUUUUUAUUCAAAAAUGGUGAAAAAAUUAAAGAAUUGAAAAUGAUUUUCUUUACAAAAUAAUUUAUAAUAAACAUUUCGAAAAUAAGUCAAGUUUUAAAGGUGAAGAAAAAGUGAUGUAAAUCGUGGAAUUUACUUUGGGAAAAUAGCAAAAAUAAAAAAUUUGGAAAUUACUUUGAGAAAAUUCGAAAUUGAGUUUUCGCUUAAGCGAGAAAAUAAGAGCGAAUCAUACGUCACAUGCAUGUGUCGUAAUCGAGAUAAAUAUAUAGAAUUCCUCAUUUAGAGAAACGUCUAAACUCCAUAGUCUGCAAUCUUAUCAAGAUUUAUCAACAUUUCAAAAAAGCAAUUGCAAAAAAAAAUGAUUUUAAUUAAGAGAGGAAAAAUUCAAGAAUCAUUGGUUUAAUUUUUUCCCCAAAAAUUAGAGAAAUAUAAAUACAAAAAAAAGUAUAAAUAUUGAGAAGAAAAAUGCAUUUGGAGAAAAUUUUGGGAUUAUUGAAUGAAGAGAAUUCUAGUGAUAGUACAAUGAAACGAGAAAGUGAGAAUUUCACAUUUUCCGGAACAUCAUUGGGCUCCAUUUCUGGAGAGUGGACGUCACAAAUGGAGAAUUCAACCCUUUCGCCAUUAAUGCUGAGUCCAAAGGCAGAGGAAAUUAAUGAAUGGGAUCAGAUAAGUUCAAUUUUUCAAUAUCCCACGGAUCCUUAUUAUUCCGAAACGGGAAAUUUGUAUUCACCGGACAGUACCGGAAGUGAAGUUUCAACUCCAACAUGGGGCAGUGGCUAUCAUAAAAGUGAAUACGGUGAAUUUUCCGACGAAGUGCUGAGGAAUCAACGAUUGCCACCGGUCGAGACGGUGUUUUCAUUCUCGAGGCCUUUUGGAAGCCAGAUUUCCGAUUUUUCCAAUUCUCAGAUAUUUGAGGAGAUCCCAGAGCCUCAGGAAUCACAAAAUUUGAAUCUACAAUUUCAGGAGAUUCUGAACGAUACAAAUACAAAUGACAGUUUGCAAAUAAUCGAAGAAUUCGAUUUGGGUUUAAUUCGAGGUGAUCCAACGACUUUGGUGACGAAUUUAGAUCUGUCAAAAGCGGGAAAUUCCGCUUAUCAUGAGUUGACAGAGUACACGGAAAUCGUCAAUGACACAUCAUCAUCGUCCUGCUACGCCGUUGGUCAUCUUGUUUCGUCCCAACAAUCAUCACUGCCAACCAAUUUCAAACACAAUAAUAUUCAAGACUUUCAAAUUCAGAAUAUUGACAAUCAAAUUGUCCUGCCGAGGAAUGAAGGUCUUCUGAUUGCCAACAAUCAUCGACGGGUCCCGUCUUUGAAAGUGGAGAACUCGCCGAAACGAGAAGAUUCCUAUGGUGAGAGACAAAAUGAGGAGUAUCGUUGUCAGUGGAUUGAUUGCGGAAGUGUUUUCGCCGAGCAAGAGGGUUUGGUGCGACACAUUGAGAAAAAACACGUUGAAUCAUCGUCUUCAUAUUCCCAUGUUCACAGUAGAAGAAGUCACAAGGAUCGAAGCGAUAAGGAUAAGGAUAAUAAUGCGAAUAAUUCAAAUUCCACCGGACAGGAUGAAUUCACGUGCCAUUGGCAAGGAUGUCCUCGGGGGCGUCCUUUCAACGCUCGUUACAAAUUAUUAAUUCACAUGAGGGUCCACAGCGGCGAAAAGCCAAAUAAAUGCCCAUUCUCGGGCUGCACGAAGGCGUUUUCUCGACUGGAAAAUUUGAAAAUCCACCAAAGAUCUCAUACGGGCGAGAGGCCCUACGCCUGUCAACAUCGCGGUUGUUCGAAAGCAUUCAGCAACAGCAGCGAUCGUGCAAAACACCAAAGAACUCAUUACGACACGAAACCAUACGCUUGUCAAGUCACCGGCUGCGGUAAACGUUACACCGAUCCAUCGAGUUUAAGAAAACAUUUGAAAAAUCACACAGAAAAUUCAUCUAAUUCAUCGUCAAAAUCAUCGUCGGGAUUAUCCACGAAAGAAUCGUCGUUAACUCGUGUCUAUCAUGAAACAACGAACGAGGAUGUUUUACGAUUGGAUAAUCAACAAGAAAUCACGAUCAACAACAAUGGAAAUUAUCGAAGUCGAAAGUGUUCCGAUGUUCUCGACGACGACAAUGUGGAAUUGUCUUUAAAUUUCGACGACAGCCAACAGGAAUUCAUUCCCUACGAGUCAGUGAAACGAUUUCUCAAUCAUAGCAAUUACAACGAUAAUAUUACAGAUUACGACAAUUUUCAAGAACUCGAGCCCGAUAUUGAGCAGCAAUUUUUCGAUUUGACGAAUUUUGAAGAAUCGAUUUUUAUCGCUGGUUAAAUUUUUGUUACUUUUUUGUUUUUUUUUUGGUAAUCUGAAUUUUUUUCAGAUUAAAUCGUGAUCUCAAGAAAAUGGACCAAAUUUAUAUUUUACAAAAUAAUGACUGCGAUAUUAAGAGGAUGUUUUUUACAAAUGAGAAUGUUUAUAUUAUAUAUUAAUGUAUAGAUCGUUUUUUGAGAAAAUUU